AUGGAGAUGAACUAUGAUGAGGCGACCCUUCGCCAACUUGAAGAGGAGCUGAAUACGAAGAUAUAUCCAGGAACGGAGAUCAUGACCGAUGUUGGGUCGCAUCAUUUCGUCAGACAGUCGGGAGUUUCUUCGAGUGUCCUAGUUCCUCAGCCCUCCAAGGAUCUCAACGAUCCUCUGAACUGGAACAGAUAUUGGAAAUUCACCACCAUAUUCAUCGCCAUGUCGAGCAAUUUUAUUAUGGGAAUUGGCCCGCUUGCACUAUCUCCCAUGUUCUCCGAUCUUAUGGAAGCAUUUAAUUCCGAUUUGGCCGCUGUAGUGCAAUUUACUGGAGUUUGUAUUUUGGUUCUUGGAUUCAGCAAUUUCUUCUGGGUUCCCAUUUCCGAUACUUUUGGAAGACGGCCCGUCAUAAUUUUCUCAUCACUAGUCUGCUUAGCCUCUAAUAUAUGGCGCGCGAAAGCUGUUUCAUAUGGCAGUUUUAUGGGCGCCUGUGUUCUGAAUGGGUUUGGAGCGGGUCCCUGCGAGACUCUUUGUCCUCAAGUUAUCACCGACAUAUUCUUUCUUCAUGAACGAGGUCUAUAUAAUACCAUCUAUUUCGCUUUUUAUUUUGGGUCUCUCAUGGUCGGACCUAUAAUAUCAGGGUCUAUGGCUCUUCAUGUUGGUUGGCGUAGCUUUUGGUGGCUUAACGUCGCAUGCUUUUGCGUCCUCAUCAUUGCUGCUGUUUUUAUCUUCCCGGAGACAAAAUGGCACCGUGCCCAUCCAAAUGAAGUCAACAAUUUGCCGGACUCAGCUGGCUCUAACACAGGAUUGACGACCGAGAAGGACAACAUUAUAUCUCUGGAGAACUCUUCCAAGCAACCGACAGCCGCGACUCAAACUCCCAACCAAGCCGAUGAUACAGCAAUCGAUCCAUUUUUACACAGAGGAUGUCCUUCGAAAAGCCAGUUCCACAUCUACCAACCCAAUAAAAACUGGAUAAAGUCCUUAUUUCUCGCGUUUUGGGUUCCCUGGCGCCUGCUUGCAUUUCCGAUCGUCGAGUUCGCAGCUUUUGUGGUGUCUUGGUCGGCAAGCUGUUUCUUGACAGCCAACUUGACCCAGAGCCAAGCCUUUGGUGCUCCCCCUUACAAUUGGUCUAGCCAGUCGAUUGGGUUCACAAACUUUGCAACUCUUGCGGGCGCUAUGAUUGGGCUCGUCACGAAUGGGCCUCUAUCGGACUGGAUCUCAAUGCGAGCCACCAAAAAGAAUCGUGGGAUUCGAGAGCCAGAGAUGCGAUUAACAACCCUGAUUCCUUACGUGCUGAUAUCGAUUAUUGGAAACUUUGUUGUUGCAUUUGGAUAUGAGUAUCACUGGGACUGGAGGGCCAUUGUCAUCAUUGGGUACACCUUUGCCGGUAUUCAAGUAACGGCUUUACCUGCAAUUGCAAGUACCUAUGCGGUUGAUAGUUACAAACCCGUAGUUGGUUCUGUCUUCAUUGCUAUCACCGUCAACAAGAAUGUUUGGGGUUAUGGAUUUAGCAAGUUCAUCACUCCCUGGACCGAGAAAUCUGGCUAUAUCCCAGCCAUUAUGAUGAACAUGUGUCUCACUGUUCUUUGGUGCUCAUUUGGCAUUGUGUUUCAUUUCUGGGGUAAGCGGUGCAGAAAAUGGACAGCCAAAUCAGACAUCUGGAAGCUUGGAUAUGCGGGAAACUAG